GCCCAAGGAAUCCCCAUUCAGGUCCUGUGUGGUCUGGUUGCUAGAGCUGGGGCACCAGCGGGACCGGGGCAUGGGCUUGCAGGGAGGGUGAGAUUGGUACAAGCAGGGUCUAGGCACAGGCUUGCAGGGAAGGCGAGGAGACCAAGGCACAGGCUGGCAGGGAAGGUGAGGAGACCAGCUGGAGCUGAGGCAGCUCAGGGAGCCAGACACGUUGCCAGGGAGCCCCAGGACACGGGCCAAGGUGGCAUUCACAUGGGGUCCCUUGGCCUUGGAGGUGUUGGUGGCUGCAGUCUCAACCUCUGUCCACUCUGGGCUCUCGAGUCUGGGUCGAGCUCAGCACCCCGCGAGCGUGCUGAGGAUGGGUUUCGUCAGGGUCUGGGUGCUCCUGGGGGCAGCAGUGACGGCUCCCAUCCGUGUCAUGGGGCUGGGACUCAAGGAUAGCAGAGGCCUCCAUUGUCUCUCCCAGUUCCCAUGGCGGCUGGAAGGCAGCAGAUUCCUGACACUUUAUCGAUGGGGAAACCGAGUCUCUGGAGGUCAAAUAAUUGACCCAAGGUCACGUGGCUGGCAAGUGGCAGAGCCGAGCUUGGACCCAGAGCAGCCUGGCCUGGCCAUGGAUUCCACAGUCAUCCCCCUGCCACCAGACUCUGGGAGAGCGGGCGGGGCCGUGUCCAGCGGCGUCCCUCACACCACCUGCUCUGCCCAUGGUGGGGCCGCUUGGCAGACCCCACACAAGCCUGGGUCCUGGGGGCAGGUGCCUGCAACACACCAAGGUGAGGGUUGUGACCUGUGGCCUCUUCUCCUUUCAGACUCCAAGGGGCUCUCGAACCCGGCCGAGGUGGAGGCACUGAGGGAGAAGGUCUAUGCGUCCCUGGAGGCCUACUGCAAGCACAAGUACCCAGAGCAGCCGGGAAGGUUCGCCAAGCUGUUGCUCCGCCUGCCGGCUCUGCGCUCCAUCGGGCUCAAGUGCCUGGAACAUCUCUUCUUCUUCAAGCUCAUUGGGGACACGCCCAUUGACACCUUCCUCAUGGAGAUGCUGGAGGCGCCACACCAAAUGACUUAGGCCUGCGGGCCCAUCCUUUGCGCCCACCCGGUCUGGCCACCCUGCCUGGACGCCAGCUGCUCUUCUCAGCCUGAGCCCUGUCCCUGCCCUUCUCUGCCUGGCCUGUUUGGACUUUGGGGCACAGCCUGUCACUGCUCUGCCUAAGAGAUGUGUUGUCACCCUCCUUAUUUCUGUUACUACUUGUCUGUGGCCCAGGGCAGUGGCUUUCCUGAGGCAGCAGCCUGCGUGGCAAGAACUAGCGUGGUGAGCCCAGCCAGGCGCCUCCCCAUUGGGCUGUCGGGACGCCCUGCCACACCCCACGGGGCUUGGGCGACUCACAGGGUCUCUUCGGGCCCCAGCCCUGGAGCUGCAGGAGUUGGGAAUGGGGCUUUUGUUUCCGUUGCUGUUUAUCGAUGCUGGUUUUCAGAAUUUCCGUGUGGCCCUCCUGUCUGAAGUGACAUCUUCACCUGCUCUGAAUACUGGUGCCUGGCCAGCCUGUGACAGCCUCCCCCUCAUCAGGAGGAGGGAACAGCUAGGGGUGCAGGCUGGUGUGUCGUCAGCAAAGACCGCAGCUGCCUCGGGGAUGAGAGGGGACUCGUGGGGCCAGCAGGCUGCCCUGUGCUCUGAGUGAGGGGGAAGUAGCCCCUUUUUCCAAAGAUAACUCACAGUUUUGCCCUUGAGCCAAUGAGAACAUGAGCCACCCUCUGUGCAGGGUUUGGGGGCCACCUCCAGGCUGCAGGGACAGGGGUCACUCACCACCGCUCGGUUUUCUCUCUGUCUUGGUGUCCUGGUUUCAGACUCCCUGCUCUCUGUUCAGACCGGAGUGCCCUGGCCCCUCCCCAGCCUGAGUCUUCUUGCUCUGAGGGCUGGGCCGAGGCUUGUCCUUGGUUCCUGCAGGGCUGGCCCCGGCUCGGGCGGGUGGGGUGUCACCACCUCACUGGCCUCGCUGGAGGCACAGGGCUCUGCUGACCUGCAUCCAUCCGUGAGGCCUGCGGGGAUGGGAGGGGAGGAGGGUGGCCUGUCGGUUUCCCUCAGAGGGGGCAGGUGGCCUGCAGAAAGAGGGGCUCAGGAACUGGGAGCCUCGUGGGUGGGGCAGAUGCUCCGCGGCCUGGAGUGGCUCUGCGGGGACAUCGGUGGGACCCCUGCUCAGGCUUUCUCUCUGGCUGCCAGUUGUGUCUAAAAGACUCUUGGAAUCUGAGAACCCUGAGUUGCAGCGCCCUCGGGCCUGGGCCACACGCAGGCCCUGGUGGGACCACCCAGCCUGGUGGUGUCCCUGGACAGCGUUGUUCACCCAGAGCCUUCCUUACUUGGGAGCCUCACUGAAUGUCUGCUCUGGUUGAAGGUGGUGGGGGCUCAGCCCUGUGCGGCCCGGCGCUCCUCCCACAGGCUCUGCCCCCGGGCUCCGGUGGUGUGGGGACCCUCUCAGGUUGAACUCGCCUCUUUUGCACUGGAAGGCCCUCCCUUUGGCCUGAGUACUUUUCCUAUUCACGCCUCAGUCCCGUGGACCCAGUCUUUGUCAGUCGCAGGUGCCUGAACAGGGGUUGGAUGGGGGGAUACAGGACGGGGGUCUCGUCUUCCCGGGAGCAGUCUAGGAGUGAUGCGAGGGAGUGGGUGCCUUCUCCGAAGUCUUACCCCGCCUGGAGCAUGGGCUUCCUCACUGGGGAAGGGAGCUGCCUAGGAGGUUGGACUGGGAGGCAGUGGCUCGGGUAGGCAGUUUUCCAGUCUCGGUGGGGAAGAAAGUGUCCAUUCUUUUCCUUCCUGGAUCUCCCAGCCAGAGCUGAGCUGAGGCACCUGGGUGGGGCCUGCAGCUGAGUCUGUGCCCGAGACAGAGGCUGUCAGAGGUUCCACAAGCCUCUCCUUCCUGUCCCCCUCCACCCCUGCCUCCUUCCUGCCCCCCUCCACCCCUGCCUUUCACCGUCGUGGAUCCCCAGAGGUGGCCCCCUGCCCAAUCCACCAUCCUGAGGCAGAGUGUUGAGCCUCACACCUGUACCAGGUCCCUGGCCAGCUGGGCCCCUCCCAGGCACUGCCAGGAAGACUCAGCUGCCCCUGGGGGGUGUGGUGGAAACGGCAGGAGGGUGCAGGCACUCUCGGGGCCCCCGUGGUGGGAGCGCGAAAGACCUAAUGCCAACACCUGGUGCCUUCUGCAGCCGGCGCCCACCCAUCCAUGCCCGGAUCCUUGGGAAUGCCCACAGCUCCAGAGGAGGAAGCCCAGGGACGGGCCUCCAUGGUGGGGGGUCGGCUUCUUCUUGGGAACUUGGUCGUUUCCGGCACUGGCUGGCUGGAUGUAAAGCACUGAAGCCCCCGCCGCGGGCCGCCAACCCCUGAAAGCAGAACCCGGCCUCCCUGGCCCCAGCAGCCUUACCCACCGCUCCACGUGUCCUGGGCUCUUCCUGCCCCUUUCUCAUUGGCCUUGUGGUUGUGCAAACAGUGCUGUUGGUUUGGAAAGGUGAUGCGUGGGGUGUGUGGCUCAUCACUGAGUAGAGGUAGAGUUUCUAUUUAACCAGACCUGUAGUACUAUUACCAAUCCGGUUCAAUUAAGGUGAUUUUUUGGUAAUUAUUAUUUUUGGUGGGACAAUCUUUAAUUUUCUAAAGAUAGCACUAACAUCAGCUCAUUAGCCACCUGUGCCUGUCCCCGCCUUGGCCCGGCUGGAUGAAGCGGCUUCCCAGCAGGGCCCCCCCUUCCCAGCGGCUGCUUCCUGGGCCCCCGGGGCACUCCGGCACCUUCAGGCAGGCGCCUCAGCUGGUCGCCUUCCCGCUUUGCCGUUCAGAUGGCGCUCCUAGGCUGAGGAGUGAAGAUGCCACAGAGCUGGGCUCCCCUAGGCUGCGUCGGGCACGCUUGGAAGCUGGCCUGCCGGGACCUUCCACCCUGGGGCCUGUGUCAGCCACUGGCCCUCCACACCCCGGAAGCAUACGACCUCUGGGAAAGACAGCCCUGACCUUCGGUUUUCCAAGCACGAUGUUCCCCAAGAAUUCUGGGCUGGCGGCCUGGUGGCAGUGCUGGAGAUGGCCCCCAGCCCCUCCCCGUGGGGUACCCAGGAGGGUCCUGCCAGAAUGUGCAGCCUGUGGGUAGUUGGCUGGUGUCCCUGUCGUGGAGUCGGGGUGCGUGACCUGGUGCCUGUGCACGCGGGUGUGUGGUGUAAACAUGUAUGUGCUGUACAGAGAGAUGCGUGUGGAGAGAGCCGCACGCGAGUGCCACGCAGGAGAGGCGGAGCGGUUACCAGUGUUUUGUGUUUAUUUUUAAUCAAGACAUUUCCCCUGUUUUCCUAUAAAUUUGCUUCGUGUAAGCAAGUACAUAAGGACCCUCCUUUGGUGAAAUCCGGGUUCGAAUGAAUAUCUCAAGGCAGGAGAUGCAUCUAUUUUAAGAUGCUUUGGAGCAGACAGCUUUAGCCGUUCCCAAUCCUUAGCAAUGCCUUAGCUGGGACGCAUAGCUAAUACUUUAGAGAGGAUGACAGAUCCAUAAAGAGAGUAAAGAUAAGAGAAAAUGUCUAAAGCAUCUGGAAAGGUAAAAAAAAAAUCUAUUUUUGUACAAAUGUAAUUUUAUCCCUCAUGUAUACUUGGAUAUGGCGGGGGGAGGGCUGGGACUGUUUUGUUUCUGCUUCUAGAGAUUGAGGUGAAAGCUUCGUGCGAGAAACGCCAGGACGGACGAUGGCAGAGGAGAGGGCUCCUGUGACGGCGGCGAGGCUUGGGAGGAAACCGCCGCAGUAGGGGUGUCUUCCUUGGGAGCAGGAGGGUGGGCCUGAGGCUUUCAAGGGUUUUCUUCCCCUUUCGAGUAAUUUUUAAAGCCUCACUCUGUUGCGUCCUGUUGCCGGCCUUCCUGCGACUGUGACUGUGAAACGCUUCCCCGUACAAUUGUCUCUGAAACAUCACGGCCGCAGGUGCCAGGGUUUGAUGGACAGUGACAUUAGAAUUGUGGAAAAGAAACACGCAAAGGAAGAAACGUGAGAGGAGAAACAAAAUAUGAGCGUUUAAAAUACAUCGCCAUUCAGUUCG